GAAGAAGAAAAAGAAGACGAAGAAGAGGAAGAGAUUUCAUCCUCCAAUGAAAUGAUCCGUUAGUUCAAGCACCCGCCCAUCCAAAAAGAAAACUAGAGGCGGGCUUCCAUCGUGAUGGCUUCACUUCAAGUUAACUUGAGUGUUGAUUUUAAGUGCAACAUGUCUUUGUAUUGAUUGGGGUUUCGGCGCUAUGUUUGUGUGAAUUGGAUUAUCGAAAUACGCUCAAAGAGGUAACUUUAGAUGCUGCUUUUCUUCGCAUGUCCCCGUGUCAGUGAGUAUCAAAGAUAUGGAGAACACCCAAAACAUUGAGGAGGAGCCUUUUCCUAGCUUUCUUUCAAAUGCUUCGCUUGGGAUGCCCAAGGCCGCCUCCACCGUGGCUAAAAUUAGACCGUCAAUAGACAACAGAGUAACUGAUGUCCAAGCAUCAUAUCUGGAGGAAGCACAGUCACGCAUGCAUUCUCAGGGAUCUGAUGGAAGCAAGGAAAAAAUAGCUCUUAGUCUCAAGGAAGAUUUAGACAGUAUAGAUGAAUUCAUUGCUGCAAAUCGAUUCUCUGACCUGCUUGUCAAUGUUAAUUUUGAUGAAACCGAAUCUGCUGCUUUUACCAAAUCAUCAUCAUCUGGAGGGGCGGUUCCGCUUCUUGUAUCAAAUUCUGUUCCUCUUCGAACUACUGACAAAGACACAAUGGCAGCUGAGGCCACUGUGUUCCAAGUGAUAUUGGAGGAAGAAGACGGCGAAGAAACCGACAGUGAGAAGUGCAGUGAUAGUUUCUCCAGCUUUCUGGCCAAUGAGAAACUAAUGUCUUUAGAUAGCAUGAACAGUGAUAUGACAGAUGAUGACAUUGACGUCACCCAACUCCAUGAUGAGGAACUGGAACUGUACUUCAACAAGUUAAUACCCCCCGCAAUGCAGAGAGGCAGAGUAGAAGGACAAGAAAUCUCUGUAGAGUUGCCUUCCAGUUCAUCCCAACACAACUCCACUGAGUCAGAAAGGAACUGGCAAAGUUUGCAGGUUGACUUCAACAAAAGGAAUACUCGCAUGGCUGAUGUUCGCCUGGCAGCUGCAGGUAUGGAUUCCAGUCCUGUAAGUGAACAAGUGGAUACAGAUGAUGAAUUGGAGACUUAUCAGGACCAUGGCAGGGAAAGAUUUGGUUGCACCUCUAGACAACAGGUUUGGGAGGGCCAUCUGCCCCAUUUUCGACCAGGAUUGGAAGGUGGGAGUUCUGAUGAUGAUUUGCCAGCUGGAGGGGAGAACACAAAGACCAGCACAGGUAUUGAGCGUUACUGCCCAGCAGAGGAGCAAAUCAUCAACUUGCCUUUUACUGGAAAUGGAGCAAGAAGCGAAGAAGAAAAUGGUGGCAUAUCUGUUUCUUCAUUGCUACCCACCGCCAUCCAGAGCACCGGUGAUGUGCUUCGUGGUCUAGGGAUUGUCGGUGGAAGUGGAGAGAACAGAGACCAUGAUCAGAUUCAGUCUCUGCUGACCAGAUCAGGCAUGGUUAAUAGCCAGAAUGAAAUGAACAAUCCAGCGGAAGUUCGGUUGGACACUAUAAACUUAAAGAAAGAUGUUAGCCACAGCCUUCAGGACCUUUCUGCUUCAGACAACCCUUUCCUUCAUAGCACAAAUAGUAGUUUUCACCUCUCUAAGAUACUUCAGGAAUCACAUACUAAAACGAAGGAAAAUGUCAACUUUAUCCAAACAGUGGAUCACAGUACUCCUAGCCUUCUUGGUGGCCCUUGUGGGGAUUCUUUAGUUCUCAAUGCGCACAAGAGGACCAGCAGUGAAAAUGUUCUCCCGGGAGAGUCUCUGGAGCCUCGGGACCCUUACCAGAGAUUUAAUGAAAAUCACGAGGAGCAAAAUGAUAUUUGGAAUCAUCAACCAGAAAUGGCGAGGCUUGAGUUACAACAAGAUGCCAAUGCCACUCAUAGUGUGGUUUACCAGAAUGAAGAAGGAAAGUGGGUCACCGAUUUGGCCUAUUAUUCUUCCUUUGAGAAAGAAAUGGAAGCCAAUAUGCCUGAGGAUGUUGCUUUGGAGUUCCAGUCUGAAGAUUUUCUGGCUGGAGGUAAGGCCAUGGACAAGAUAAUUGAGGAUCAGGAGGAGUUUGAAAAGGAGCACCAGUUUUUGCAGGAAGAGCAGAUUCAAAAUGUAAAUAUGAGUGAAGUGUUGGGAGACACUUCUUGGAAAAUCCCAUCUAGUAGCAACAUCCUCAUGAGAGCCUCCCAGGUCUCCUCCGAACUUGAGAGUGGGAACCAAAGUUAUCUACGCAUUUCGCUUGGGGAGUUUUUUCAGAGGCGAUCUGAAGCUCUGGGUUGCCUUGGGCACAGUGAAGAAGACUAUGUUAAAAGGCCGUCUUUUGGAUACUUCAUUACUUCUCCUGAAAAGAGGGAACCUGUUGCUUUACUUCGGCCUUCUGAUAUCUUCUCCAGAGGAAACUCUAUCCACGUUGAGACCAUUCAGCAAAGUGAUGCUGAUGAGACACUAAAUCAAGAUGAUCUAGAUAAGACACUUGAGCCCAAUACAGCAGAACCUGCUUGUGUUAAUGUGCAACAAAAAGAGGAGCAAGUUUCCCAGAUCUCAACCCAACAUGAAAAUAAUGAGGACCAUACUUCUGAACCGCCAAGCUCUAGCAGCAACCUCAUGCUCAGCAUAAGUACAAUUGCCUCAGCAAUUGCUGAUGCAUCUCUCAGCUCAGAUCCUGCCCAGCUUGGUGCCAUGAUAGUGGAGCUGUCUCAACAGAGCCGCUCCAAAAGCCACCAGCAAGUAAAAGAGCUGAUAAGAAACCCUGUUGCAGCCUUACAAUUAAAUGGUUUAUUCGAAGACCUGCAGAAGACCACAUUAGUGGGAGAUGUUAGUGCUCCUGACAUGGAGAAAUAUCUUAAGAAGGCUGAGGUCUCCUGUAGUGACAGCGACGAAUCUUCUUCACAGUCCUGCUUUGACGUCCUCACUUUGGCUGAUGGUUUGGCUAAUUCCAACAAUCAGGUCCAACAGCAGUUGGCUCCUGUGAAAAAUACUACGAUGUAUAAAAAUGAAGAGCUUUCAGUUAUGGAAGAGCAAGAAGCAAGCAAAAAAUGUCAGGUCCUUGCAGGCAAGGUGUUCAAAAAUCCAAGGUCUGAUGUCAAACGGAGUGCAAUUCCACGACCUAAGUCAAGCUGUUUACCAACUGCCACUGCAAAUCCAGCCAAAAGAUCUGUAGGUUCUGACAAGCGGACAUCAUCUUACAUACCUGUUAAAUCAAAACCUUUUGGUUUAAAACCAACCAAUACUGGCCACUCUGCAACAUCAUCCAACUCUAAGGAUGUUCCUGAAUCCAGCAUCAAAACAGAAACUGCUUUAUCAGCCACUGGUAGCCAUUCCGUGAAAGUUGACGAAUCGUUGUCAACUUCUACACUAAAAUCCUUGCCUGGACUUCAGAAUGGUGGGCACUCAGAACUGACAUUGUUGAAAACCUCCCCACACAAACCUAGAGCCCAACCAAACGAACCUGUUAUCGACCAGGCACGGUUACCCAAAGUAUCUGAAGCUACUCUUUCAGUUUCAAAAGAGAAAAGUGAAACCAUCAAUUCUAAUGAUGAACUGCCAGGAACACAGGAACAAUUUGGUUCACCUGAGAACAGUGCCCCCAGUUCAAUGGAAGUCACUAAUUGUAAUUUCAGGCCGUCUACCUCUCCUCUUACCCACUCCAGUCCAAGCCAGACCUCAAUCCAAAGUGGAUAUGGGGAGACAUUUCAAGGCUCACCCACUAGUGAGAUGGCUCAGAGAAAUCCUGCUGGAGAUCCAGGUUCCCCCCAGUCUCAUUGUUCAAGCCCAUCUAUUAGCAGACUGACUUACCUCUCAAUUAAUGAGAACACAUGCGUGCCCACCCCUGAUCACCGUAAGAAAAAUACCUCAAUGUCUCUUAGCACCACUAUUAUCCGUGCCAGCCCAACUCCGCCAAUGGAGCCAUUCAGUAAUGAUAUUGUUCUGAGAUCUAUGAAGAGUGCAGAACCUCUUUGCCAUUCUGAAGUUGCAGGCCUCAACGUAAAAACUCCAAUGCUGGAUGUACGCAGUGAAAGCGAACUCGAUGGAAAUGCAUACAACAACAACCGUCAGUCAGAGCCUGGCUCGAAUAUGUAUGGUCAAGGAGACUCUGGGUACUCUAGCAAGCUAACCAAUCAGCAUCUUCCUGGGGCAGCAAUAGAACAAAUGCACCAAGCGUUGCCUCAAAUCUUGGGGUGUGGGUCUUGUCUUAGCAAAUCCGAUGACUUGACACAUGGGUCAGUCCCGGGCUACAACUCUCAGCGUGUCCUCACAAACUUUCCCAAUUUCUUGACAGAGCAUUCUCUCUUCAGUUCCCACCUGGCAAAAAGGUAUCUGAGCGCAGAAGGGCCUCUGCAUGCUCCUUCCUGUCAGAUUGCAGGGCCAUCUGGAUUGUACAGAGUAUCAGCUUCUGGUUCAAACACAUCUAUGGUACACAUGCCUUCAAGUCUUCAGUCUGGUUACUUGAGUAAUAUUCAGCAAUGUCCUGCUCAGUAUGUAAUCAGCAAGAACUAUACACACCCAAAUGCCGAGUCAUGGACCACAGGAGAUCUUGCAGACAUUAGAACUCAAGUGCUGGUUCCAAGUGAACUGAAGUUUCACAGUUCUUGCUGUGUGGGAAUUGCCUCUCAUACAUCCCUCAACAUCUUCAACCCCUCUAAACACUGGCAGCAAGUUUCCAUCUCCACGACAAGCAUAUCUAUUGAUGGAGAAAAGGUGGAGUCUCUUCCAUUCCAGUGGCUGAUAGUCAAGAAUAAAGCCAUAAUUGGACCCAAAUGUUCUGAAGAACAUAAGGUUCUGUUUAUAGCUCCAAAGGCUGGACUGUAUCAGUGUACUCUCAGUGUGUCAUCUUGGCCUGCAUCUGCAGAUGCAGAGACUAUAGCUCAAGCUGAAGCCUUUGCCAAGAAAGUUGUGCUGAUCGCUGUAGCUGAGAACCCAUCAAUAGAGGUAGAUGUUGGAAAGACUGGCUGUCUGGACUUCGGCGACUUGGUGGAGGGUAGUACAAAGGCCCUACCACUCAAGAUGGUCAACAGAACUCAUGCCACUGUUCCUAUUCGACUAGUAAUCAGCGCGAAUGCCUCAGCAUGGCAUUGUUUUGGCCUCUCCAAAAGCCCAGUUUCCAUGAGCAUGGAUAGUUCCUUUAACUUUGGCUCAGCAGUGACCUCAAUUACAACUUCCUCAGUUAUAAACCAUGUGCUGCAUGCCAGUAAUUCAGAGAAUCCAGAAAGCUUCUUGUUGUGGGUUCAUUUUAGUGCCCCUCAGAAUUGCAUUUCAAGUUCAGGUGAGUUGGGACCAGCCAAUGAAUACAAUGCACGGGUGGAUAUUGAAGUGGACCGUCCAGGCACAAGUCAUGUGAUCCAGAGUGUAGCCCUGAGGGCAAGGUCAGGCACUCCUAGAGUGCAUGCACCAAAAGACCUACAGAUGGUGUCUCUUCAGGCUGCUUUGGGGCAGACAGCCAAGCAGACUCUUCCCUUAAAGAAUGCAGGCAACAUUGAUGUUCUGCUCAGACUGAAGGGCACUGAUGACAACUGCUGCUUCUCUGUGAGACCUAAAGAAUUGACUCUGAAAGCUGGGGAGGAGCAAUAUGUAGAGGUUUCCUUUACAGCUCAGGACACACAGAAACACAGAGAGAGCCUGUUGACUAUUCUGGUACUACCCAGUGGACCUCAGUAUGAGGUGAUGCUUAAAGGAGAGUUGGUCCAUGGAGUUUCAAGAAAAGUGGCAUCUACACCUGCUGUAUUAUCACAAGUUGAUGUCCCACUCAUACUCUCCAACAAACAAUCCAUUACAUGGGGAGGGGUUUCCCUGGGCAGAGCAGUGCAACAGAAACUGGUGCUAAGGAACAAUUCGCCAACUAUAUCACAGCAACUCAGACUUCUCAUCAGGGGUCAAGACCAAGACUGUUUUCAGCUACAGAGUUCGUUUGGGCCAAAUGAGCGACUUACACGUAACAGAGAGCUGUCAAUCAAGCCCAAAGAGGAUGUGACUGUUCAUCUUCUCUUUGCUCCCACUCGUGUUGCCUCCAUGUUGGCCAAGCUGGAAAUCAAGCAGUCUGCUGCAUGUGCCUCCCAGCCUGGGGUCAAAUUCACAAUCCCUCUAUCAGGCUAUGGAGGCAAAAGCAAUGUAAUUCUGGAGAAUUUGCGGAAACAUUCUGAUGGUUAUGUGGCCACACUGAGAGGGGUACAGUCUGGGCAUGUCAGUAAGCUCUGUAUAUGCGUGCGGAACACGGGCUCACGUGCUGCAUUUGUAAAAGUUGUAUCAUACAGCAGUCUUAAGGAUCAAGCUCUUAUGGACUCAGCUGUUUUUAGCUUGUCCCCUUCACAGUUUAUCCUAAAAGAGAGAACACAAGAGGUUAUUGAAAUAGCAAUGAAGGCCUCAUGCAGAGAGCAAGCUCUCUGUCAAUCUGGUGCAGCACUGCUUGCUACUGUCUGCCUCUUUUGUGGGGACGAAGUCUCUCGACAACAGUUUAGAAAGUUACUACAAAUCAAACCGGACGCAGGGAAUAAAGUACUGUCUGUGAAGAGCUUGUUAAAGAGUAUCCCAUUUGAUGAAAUGUUCCUUGGUGAGGAACAGGUUCUGGAGGCCUGUGAUCUGCCUCUGAGACCAAAUGAGGCACAGACUUUCUAUGGAAACAUGAGAAAAGUAAUGCUGUCACUUUUUGGCACUACGGAGAUCUUAGACUUAGAAGAAAGUGACCAUAUGGAGCCCACCAGACCUUCACAGCAGCACACUUCUGAAUCAGACAGUUCUUCAUGCAGCAGUCUAGGGUCAUUGAGCCAUUACAUCAGUAAUGUUUCCUUGGAUGUGCUUCCAGUCAAAGGUCCUUCAUUUACCCCAUCUGAACCUGCUCUAAAAAAAACAGAGCCGAACAUGGAGAAUACUUGGAGCAUCAAGCCGGAAAAAAUGGUCCUCACAGUACCCACUAACAACAGUGUGGCUGACCCCAGGCAUGUUCAAAUAAUGAACCAUUCAAACAGAGUGCUGAGCUUUGAGCUGUACUGGCCCGCUCACUGCCUCACCAUCACCCCACAGCAUGGAUUCAUUGAACCGCAGAGCCACUUGCAAAUUCUUGUCAGUACCAAUCCCUCCCUGGCACACAAAUCCUCCAUGCUGCCGUGGAAUGGACAGAUCUAUAUACAGUGUGGUGAUCAACAGAAGUCCAUUAAAGUUCAGAUCCAGCAAGAUCUGGCCAUGGAUGUCUCUACCCCUAUCCAUGCCACGGAUUGUUCUUUAUGUCCACUACCCCCUCAGACUGAUACCCCCACUGUACCAGGACAAAGUCCUCAGAGCAGCAGCAUUCAGCCUCAGGUUGAGAUCAAGAACCGGACACUGAUUUUCCCUCCAACUGUUUCUGGAGAGUCAUCAGAAUGUUAUUUGGAGGUAGAGAAUAAUGGAGGAGAGAUGAGAUGGUACCUCUCUUCAUUUGCUCCUCCAUAUGUGAAGGACGUCGAUAGAAGUGGAGGUGUUUAUCGUGCAACAUAUACUGCUUUCAGAUGUGGGAAGGUAUCUGGGAUUCUGGGGACUCAAGAGAGCAUGAAGGUUCAAUUCACAUUCCUCCCUCGUGACCAAGGUGAUUAUGCACAGUUUUGGGAUUUAGAAUGCCACCCAGCAGCCAAACCGCAGCACAAAAGUCGUGUUCGCUUCCAGCUGUGUGGUACUGGCAUAAGCAUUAAACGAGGAUCCAGUGUUAAGCAAAACUGCUUACCAGUGGAAAAGGAAGAUCGAGUGAAGAGCAGGAAGAGACUGGAGUCUGCAGGCACUAAGACAGACUCUACAACUGAGAUGCAUAGAAAAGGUCUCUAUGCACCCCAAAGUGUCUAUACAUUUCCUGCCACGCGUGUUCAUUCCACCAGCGUACUGAAAGUUAACUUCAGAAACAAUUCCCCCAGCACACAUGAGCUAAAAUUCAUAAGUCCUGAAGAGCCUUUUUACAUCAAGCAUUCAAAUUAUUCUCUAAGAUCUCAACACUACAUCAACCUCCCUGUGCAGUUCGUGCCAGAUGCUGCAGGCCAGUUUUCUGGCACGUUACAUGUUCAGACAGACACCGAUGCUAAACUUGCUAUAGAGCUCAUUGGCGAAGCCUUUCCAUGAAGAUCUUCAUGUUGCCAGCAGAACACGCAUCAAGAUAAAGCUAAUAAUGAUUGCACUGUAAACAUUUUUCCCCUUCUGAAUGUUUUGCAAAAACAAAACGUUUGACUUUGCACCUGUUAAUUAAAGUGGUUUCACCCGUUUAAUACUUCACUUUUUUUUGUACAGCUCAAAAAGUGUUUAUUAAUUGCUUCGUGUCUGUGUACCUUUCAUGUUUAUUUUAAAUCAUUUUUGAGAAAAAUAAAACUGCAGAAUUUAUUGGCAAAUUGUA